GUGCUUUCGGAUGCCCUCCCUUCCCCCUUCCCUUGCUCCCCAACCUGACGUCUCUUACCUGGAGCUCCGAUAGCAGCGAGACGUUCCUACGGAUGCGGUUGUUUGUAAGCCCCAAAAUAACGACACUGGAUCUCAUUCCCGACACCUUUGGUCCAUCCGAACACUCAGUCUUGUCAUGUAUUGCAAGGCUGUGUCCUUCUGUUUCGCAUUUUUGUUGCCAGCGUAUUCCAUCCCCAAAAUCAGAAGGCUCCUCCACUGCACUACAAUGCUGGCCUCAUCUAACAUCAGUGAUCGCUUCAGUACUUUCGGAAGCCGCCAUACUACACCUAUCCAAGCUGCCUUCGCUCCAGAUUCUACAGUUCAAAUUACCGCCAACACCUAUGUCUGUGGAUACACAAAAGCUGCAGCAGCCUGUGUUCUGCGCAUUGCAAGAACUGGACAUAGAAUGCAGCAGUAUGGCGCUCUUAGAUGCUUUUUUCAAGAGGUUCUUCGUUGCUCCAAAAUUAUUACCUCUUGAAAUCUCUGCUGG